AUGUCAAAAACAUCACCAAAGAAAAAAGAGGCUUCAUCUGCUCGUCUCAUGUCUUCGCAUGGACAGACACCGAACAAAGAUGCAUCGGCAGUCGUGGCCAGCGGCUCAGAAGGCCCAGGUGACAUGAAGAAGAGUCGCGUGAACAUCUGGCCAGAAUGGAACGAGACAGAGGUCAACGCUGAGAAAUGGGACGGCACCAAGUGCAAAGAUGCCAAGAUUUUUGAGGACCCAGAAGGGAAAGUUCAGUUGCCCGCAUCCUUGAAAGUGCACACCUGGAAGAGACCUUCGGAAUACAUUAUUAACAAGAGCCCGGUUGUGGUGGAGGACGAAUCGUCCUUUGAUCUCACGUCAGCCAAUGAGCAUCUACUGCACAGUGAGCUCAUACGCUGGAUUAUCAGCGAGAUAUACAUUGUGUGGAAAGUCUGCAACAGACCGGACAGUGAGGAGAGACCCGUCUCCAUGGAUACGACCCUUCACCCCUGGAGACCCUGGGAGCAUAUCUACUCGCUGUGUAAAGUAGUGAAGGGUCACAUGCCACUGUAUAAUGUCUAUGGGAAAUAUGUGGUCAGACUGUACUGGAUGGGCUGUUGGCGGAAGAUCACUGUUGAUGACUCCCUUCCAUUUGACGAGCAGAAUAACCUACUUCUUCCUUGCACCACCAACCAAUCGGAACUGUGGCCAGUGCUGUUGGCUAAGGCCAUCGUGAAGCUAGCCAACACUGACGCCGUGUUUGGACCCGGCAAGGAACUCUGGGAAUUUACAGCCAUCCAUGCUCUUACUGGAUGGAUACCUGAAAUUAUUCCCCUUCAGUGCAGAUACGCGGGAAAGGUUUGGGAAUUUCUGAGGGGCACAAUUCCCAAGUUCCAGCUUGCGGAGCAGAGCCUGGAGGAGAAACCGUCGCCCGUCGACUCUGCCGACGCGAGGGAUUCCCAAGCGAAAGAGUGCAAACCCGAGUCUGAUGGGUCAGUCCCUCAGAUGUUGGUUUGUGCCAGUUACCGUCCCCUCCACCUGUUGGAAAAGAGCGUCUCACUGCUGGGACAGAUGGCUGAUUCAUCAGAGAGGCUCCGUCAAUAUGGGCUCUCUCAGCUCUACAGUCACCCAGUCCUGCUCACCCGAACUCGAGACUGCCCCCUAGUGGCUCCCCCCAAACCACCACCUGUCCCACGCUGGAAACUGAUCCGUCCCCGCAAGGAGACCAACAUCACAGAUGAACCCAAAAAGCCUCCUGUCCAGAAAGUAGAGCAGUUUAUUGAGGUGUCCAGCCCCUUUAUCAACUGUAAACUGAUGACCUGCACAACAUCCUCAACUCUGGAGGUCCAGCAGAGCGGACAGAGGAAACGUAUGUGUAGCUCCAACCUGGGCUCUUUCCGCGAGACGGAGGAGACCGAGAAUCGUGACGUCGCCGAACAGGACAUCCCUCAGAACGACCUCAGCUCAGCGGAUGUCAUGGAAACCAACGAGGAAGGUGCAGAGGACAAGAAAAAGGACGAAAGUGUCCCCAAUGACUCUGCAGGGAGGGAAUCGACCGUCGCCUCCCCCGAGAAGGAGCGAGAGAAAGAGAGAGAGAGAGAGAAAGAGAGAGAGAGAGAGAAAGAGAGAGGCGGCCAGAUGAGCUUGUCUCAGGACGCGCGUGUACCUGCCAGGCCUCUGCUGCAGGAGACCUGGCUGGAUCUGACCGACUUCGUCAAGUGCUUCCAGACGUUGUUGGUUUUCCAUAAACCCAACUCAUACACCCAUCAUUUUCAGAAAUCUCAUUUUAAGAGUUCGCUUUCCUUUAGGCAAUCUGCCACUGCUCUGUCCAACAAUGCCACCUCCACCAGCUCCAACACCGCUCCACUCAAAUCAGGCUCCUCUGCAUGUACACACAUACAGUCUCCAGAUGAAAGCGGGUGUCACUACCUGUUUGUAGAUAACCUGUCUCACACAGACAUUCUGAUCUCUUUCUCUGCACUGGUGCGCUGGGGAGAGAGCCCAGAGGACAAGAAGGAGGGUGCAGCGAGCAGACCAGCCGUCCUGAUGGCUCAGCCGUUCUCAUGGAAGAGCCUGGACUUUCAGCCUCCUCUUCUCCUCAUCCGUACCACUGUCUGCAAAGCAGCAGUACUCUCUCUACCGCCAGGCCGUCAUGUUCUGGCCUUCCACACGAGGGCGCCACUGGGCUUCCACCUGCACUUGUAUAGCAUGACGUCUUUUGUGUUUGGAGAUGAAGAAACUGUUAUGCCGCAUUCAGACAAGGAGAGUCUGAGGUUCUGUGAGCAGGCUUUGUUGAUUCUUAGAGCUCUGGGUCGAGUGGUCAGCUGCUUCUCCAACCCAGAGGAGUUCCCAUCAGCCGCCAGGGCCCUGGAGGAGGCACACUGCCCUCAGACUGCAGGCCGAAACACAGAGCAUUUCAGAGUUUUUAAUGAGGCAGUGUAUCACACGUUCUGUUCAGCCCUGGACCGAAAAUUGAGCCCUGAGGAACUGUUUGCCGUUCAAGUCCUGACCAGAGACCCCACUCUACAGAACACUGACAACAAAGAAACCGGGACAAACACACGUGGUACUCCAGAGAGCUGGGCCGACAGGCAUGCCACAGAGGAGGAGACCCAAGCAGCCGUGAUUCUGCAGGCCGGCUGGAAAGGCUACCUGGUCAGGGAGAUUCUCGAUGCUGGAAGACCAGGUACAAAGGAAAAUCUGAAAGCUGCGAAGACGCUAUCUGAAAUGUGGGCAUCUGUGGAGUCAGAUCUGGAGAAGCAUGCAGUUUCUUUACUACGGUACAUCUUCACUAAUGAUGAACAGGCGGCGGGGUUCUAUCCCUGCGGAGAAGACGAACGGACGCGAAUCGUGUUCGCCGAAUACUCCGCGCCCAUUCCGGAGAUCCCCAACUCCUGGAUCCUGGUCUUCAGGGAGGUGUUUUUCGUUCCUAAGGACAUGCUGUUGGCUCCUAAGGUGUUUUCUCCUCUGCCCUGCUGCAUCCUGCACGUCAUAAACAACGACACGGGGGCGGAGUCACCCAGAAUCUUCCACCGGGUAGAACCCCGUGUUUACACACCCAACAAGGCUGGUUACACAUUUGUAGCGGAGGCACACACUGGCGACACACUGCCAUCGGUGGGGAAGUGGCGGAUGCUUCUGAUUGGCACUCGAGAGCCCCUCCCCCAGCUGGCCAGAGAGAAGCCAGUGAGCAUGCUCUCAGUGAAGGAGUUCAGAGAUUACUACAUACCUAAUGAAAAGAACAUCGUCUGCAGAUAUGCUGUAAAGGUUUCCUCUGAUCACCUGGCCACAGUUCAGUUCCAGACCUCGAAACCAGACGUCCAUGUUAAACUGACCAUCCUUGACCACGACCUGGAGGUUGCCAGCAGUAAGGGCAAAGGUCACACCAUCAUCCCCGUGCACCGCUUCUUAGCCAAUGAUGCCUCCUCCGGCCCUCCGUCCCAGACGGGGGCCGAGCCGUCCCAGGAUGGCCCCGCCGGGCCCGGCGGAGGCGGGGGAAGAGUGACAGGGCCUCCUCGGGGAGGAGACGGAGGAGGAGAGGAAGAAGGGGCGAGUGAGGCGCGUUCGUGUGCUGGCGCUGACCACCAGCCUGUGGACAGAUCGGAUCAUAAGUACAUCGUUCAGGCUGAGGUGCUGUAUAAGAGUUGGCCUGUAGACGACUCUGUGAUCGCCUUCCUCCAAACACUCAGAGACACGGAGAGGACCGAACAGAGAGUGUGCAAACAGGAGGAUUCGGCCCCACCCGUACACGUGGAGCGACCGGGCAGUGAGGGACAGAAAUCGGGGACGCCCAAAUCCACCCGUAAGGCCAAAGAGAGAGAGAAAGACAAAACGACCACCAAGCCAGGCUCAAGGAUGGAGCAAAUAAGCACUCUGGACCUGACUAAGCCCCACUGGAUCCUGCGUGUGGUCAGUGAUCCGUGUGAGGCAGAGUGUAUUGAGGUGAGGAAGGACACCCAGAGAGUGGACGAGAUCAAAGCUAUCAAACAGGCCUGGGAAACAGCCCAGCCCGGCCGGGCUGCCAAGGCUCUUCAGUCUCGUCUUAAGUUCAUUAACAAACAUCUGCAAGGGCUCACUGGAGAUACAGGAGAGUCUACAGAACCAGCUGUGCCUGUCCAGACUCUCCCCAGUCCCCAGGUCCUGGCUCAGCUCACUGACAUAGACUUUACACCUUAUAUCAGGAAGUCACUUGAUCAGCCCCGUCUGAAGGACAGCACCAUAGAAGAGGAACAGAAGAGACAGCGUUCCAUGAGGAUCCAAGAAUUCCGUCUGAUCCGAGACAUGGUUCUGGAAUACCGGAAACAAGAGCUGGUCUCCAGGCAGGAACGGGCAAAACAGCUGAUGGAGACGUACGACCGCUCUCAGGUCACUCUGAGAGACCAGAGGAAGAAGAUCCUACAGGCUCGCGAAGCCUUCCGGUCCCGCCUCCUGGAGGAGGAGUCUCGUAAACGGGCUGAGGAGUUGGCCCGAGAGGCUGCCAAGCAAGCGGAGCUCGAGAAGAACCCCCCGAAACCUCAGCCAACUGGACGCAAGAGCGGAGGCAAGCAGAAGUGA